UCUCUUGCUCGAUUCCACUUUGCAGGAGAACUGACUCGAAACCGCACGCGACGCUCAUCGACUAGGCGUUCGCAGAAGUCAAGAGAGCACGCGACGCCAAAAAGUGAGAGCCGCCCUGGAGGACGCGCAAUCGCACGACCCGAGACAUCCUCGACCCUACGACGACCGACCGCCUCGCACACAACUCAGGAGCAAUUGGCGAGCAACUCUAUUAGCCAACAAACAUCUAUGCUUUGCGCAAUUUCCAUAAACUCCACGACAUAUGCUCCCCUCUUAUGUCUCGUCGGCCCAGCAAGAGAAGAUGAACAGGCAUGGAUAUGGAGGCAGCAAUGGCACACCGCGAGGAGCUGGAGCAUACCCUAUGGGCAGCAAUAAAACCGGGUUCAGUAUAAGGCCGGACAAAUAUGAAAAAUACCAGCCACGGUCGUCCCGGGGGUUGUCCUUGCGGCGAAGAAGCACGCUUCUGCGAGUCGGAGGCGCAUGUACGCUGAUACUCAUACUGAUGAUCGUGUUCCCGUCCCUCCGACCGGGUUUCCUCGUUGCGCCGCUUUCGAUGGGCCUCUUAUCCAGCGGGGACCCAUUCCAGCUCGAGACAGUCCGAUACUACGAUCUUUCCCAUGUCGGCGGAACGAGUCGCGGCUGGGAGCGGGAAGAGCGAAUACUCUUGUGUGCUCCGCUCAGAGAUGCAGCGCCGCAUCUCCCGAUGUUCUUCUCACAUCUACGAAAUCUCACCUAUCCGCACAAUCUCAUUGAUUUGGCCUUUCUGGUUGGAGACAGCAAAGACAACACAUUACCUAUACUUUCGGAUCUACUGGCGGAGCUGCAGGCGCAGCAGGAUCCCAAAAUGGCAUUUGGGGAGAUAUCGGUGAUUGAGAAGAAUUUUGGACAGAAAGUCGAUCAGGAUGUGGAGAGUCGACAUGGCUUUGCCGCGCAGGCCAGUCGGAGAAAGAGCAUGGCACAGGCACGCAACUGGCUGCUUUCGGCGGCACUGAGGCCUACACAUAGCUGGGUAUAUUGGAGAGACGUGGAUGUGGAGACGGCGCCGUUCACGAUUUUGGAGGACUUGAUGAGGCAUAACAAGGAUGUCAUUGUCCCCAACGUCUGGAGACCGCUACCGGACUGGCUGGGCGGAGAGCAACCGUACGAUCUCAACAGCUGGCAGGAGUCUGAAACGGCGCUGGCGCUCGCGGAGACUCUCGAUGAGGAUGCAGUCAUUGUGGAGGGAUAUGCCGAGUAUGCUACCUGGAGACCGCAUUUGGCAUACCUUCGUGACCCAUACGGCGAUCCAGACAUGGAGAUGGAAAUUGAUGGGGUAGGAGGUGUCAGCAUCCUGGCAAAAGCGAAUGUUUUUCGAAGUGGCGUGCACUUCCCAGCUUUCAGCUUCGAGAAGCACGCGGAGACUGAAGGGUUUGGCAAGAUGGCCAAACGCAUGAAGUUCUCCGUGGUCGGACUCCCUCACUAUACCAUCUGGCAUUUGUACGAACCUAGCGUGGACGACAUCCGCCAUAUGGAGGAGAUGGAGCAGGAGCGCAAACAGCGCGAAGCAGAGGAGAAGCAGAAGAAGGAACGCGCGGAGAAGAUUCAGAACCAAUUCGAGGUGGCAGCAGACAAGACCCAAUGGGAGAAGGACAAGGAGCAGAUGAAGGGCAUGACCGAGGCUGAAGCUGCCAAACGAGCUGCCAAAUUGGCCGCGCGGAAGGCUGAGGCGGUUGUUGACAAAAGCUCUGGCGACCAACAUGCACCCGAGAAACAAGCCGAAGAGGCUGCACCACAAAAAGCAGGAUGA